CAGUCACAGUCACAACCCCCGCUGAACAUGUCCUCGGAUUUCGAGGUGUACGAGCAGGAUUUCGGGACCUUGACGGCCGACAUCACCAAUAAAGUGGGGAGGAUACCGAAGUUAUCUGGAGAUGACAAGAAAGGUAUGGUUACAAAUGUGGAAAAGCAAAUGGAAGAAGCUCGGGAACUGCUCGAACAAAUGGAUCUUGAGGUGCGUGAGAUACCACUGCAGAGCCGUGGCCUGUUGAGCACUCGAAUGAAGAGUUACAAGCAAGAACUGACAAAGCUUGAUAAUGACUUUAAAAGGUCACGGAUCGCCUACAGUGAUGAGGUAAACCUGCGAAAUGAGCUCCUAGGGGAUGAUGGGAAUACCACCGAGAACCAGUUGAUAAAAUUGCGUGAAGAGAGAGCAUGCCUGUUGGAUAAUACAGAGCGGUUGGAAAGGUCAACACGGAGACUGGAGGCUGGAUAUCAACUGACCGUUGAAACUGAACAAAUUGGACAGGAGAUUCUGGAGAACCUCCAUCAUGACAAAGAAAAGAUUCAACGAGCUCGGGAAAGACUGCGUGAAACUGAUACAAACCUUGGUAAGAGCUCCAGGAUCUUGACAGGAAUGUUGCGAAGGUAAGGUCAAGGAUCAUCCAGAAUCGGAUCGUCGUGUUUAUCCUGGGCGCCAUCAUUCUCCUCUCCAUUGUGCUGGCCAUUUAUUUUGCUGUCAGAGGCCACUGAUACGUCUCUAUUCUUCUGUGAUUAAUAACGACAAACUGCUUGUUCAGUGUAAUUAGGACAAAUUGGUCACAUGAAUCAUCUUCUUGCACUGACAGAUUCUUCUCCACUGGCUCAAACAGUGUAAAAAAAAAUUUUUUUUUUGUAUCAUUGUUUGCUUGUUUCUUCUUGUUCUUGAGAAAGUGACUUGGAUUUUUAGUGAAACUGGGAUCGUGUGGACUUCUUGAUUGUUCAGCGCUGGAAGAAGGGGGGGGGGGGGGGAGUAGAAUCAUUUUAAGUCUUGUGAUGGGGUUGUAUGUUGGUGCACUACAAGCCUUUGUAUAUGUGUGUAAGAUCUGCCAACAGCUUGCAGGUUAUAUCUACAGAGGAUAAAUGAUGGGGAACUGUGGUUAGCUGUGAAAAAAAAUAUACACAGUGACGCACUGACAUGCACAGCUUCCAGGUCCAAAGGACAAGUGGAUUGCCUAUUUCCUGUCUUCACAUUGGUUUAGGUUUUAGAUACAUACCUAAUUAAUUAUUGUGACACUCCCUCUUUCACAAAUGCAUCAUGUAACAUUAUGGAAAUUACACUCAAGUGCAAAAUAAAUAACUGGAAAUAAAUGGCUAACCUAUGGGCUUUACUUGCAAUACUGAUAAUGUGAAAAAUAAUUAAAAGAUGCAAAGCAAGAAUUUAACUAAAUUAGAUCUUGAAGGCUCCUGCUACAGUUUUAAACGCCGCAUGUAAUGUCAGAGAACGGAGAGCAUGCCUGACGUCAGUCCACAGCAAUAUGAUGAGGAGUAUUUGAUAUUCUGUUUAAGGCAGGCUGAAUUGUCUUAUUUUGGAACUGACUUGGUGGGGGGCUUUCUUUGCUUUUGCUUCAGAGCUGAGAGCUUCAAAGACAGAAAUUAACAGUGAACAAAAUUGUGCAGAUCUGACCGUCCCCAUGUGGGUAGAACCCACUGAGGUUAUCAUUAUCUUAAAUUCUACCAAUUCCGCAAACCUCAUCAGAUAAUGACCUCUAUAGUUUUUCAUUACCAUGGCAGCACAGAUUGUCUAGCCCACUGUAAAAAAAAAAUUGCUCUCUUCACUAUACAUUUUUUUCUCUUUUUUUUAAACCUGUCAGAUCAUUUCAGUAUUUCAAACCUGAAGAAAACAGCCUGCCUGGAAAUGUAUUUGAAGUUGUAAUAGUGUCAAAAAGUCACAGUUGACUGACAGAUGUCAGUCCCAGUGGACCUCAUUAAAUCAUAAAAACUUGACAAGGAAAUAAUUGUGCAUCACCAACAACCUGGCUACUGUUUAAACAUUUUAUUUUGUUUCAUUAUUAGGAUCAACUAUUUUGUUCAUUAAGAAAUUGCAUUAAACAACAGUUUUGUGGCUAAUGAUCUGUUCUGGGCUUAUGUCUGUUUUCUUUAAACAUCAGCUGCGUCAUGUGGUUUCUUUGCAGCCGUGCUAUCAUCUGGCAGAAAUCCACCACUCAGAGCUGCGGGUGCCAUUGGAAUAUAAAAUGGAUUAUUCAUUACCAACCUCCUUGUGACUUAUUUGGUUUCAUGUAGUGGUUGAGGGUUUCGCUGUCUUCCGCAGAGAAGAUGAAAACUUGUCAAAAAUAGGUUAUAUCUUAUUCUCGGGGCAACAAAAUCAGUGGGUACACACAUGCUUCAAUGUUUAAUGAAUGCAGAUUUUAACCCCUUUACAUGACUUUGACUGUGAGCUCCGCAUUGACAAUGAAACCUCACUUUAAGAAAGAACUGAUAGUUAAUUGGCAACCUGGAAGUGUGUCAUGAUUUAUAAAUUACUGCUAACUUUAGGUUAUAUUUUCUAAUAAUGAGAUAUUUCAAAUAAAUAUACAUAUUCAUGCAUUCACAUUUUGCACACAUUACAGAAAGUAAGCUUAAUUAUGUGUGAAUUUUGCUGUUAUUGUAAUGACCAUUUGCAGUAGAAUGUUUUCUGCUCAUUUAUUUAUUUAAUUGAUUCUGUAUAAAGAGCUAUGGCAUCCACCUUUAUGUUUGCUUUCUCCUUGUGGCUGUAGAUUAGGUAUGGAAUAUGUAUGUUAUUUAAUAUAUCAAUUACACUAUUACAUUCCAAAGGAA